UUGCUUUCGUGUUGUCGGUAAAGUGGACAGAGAAAGAAAAAGUGGUAUGUGUCUGACACUGGCAAGAUGGACCGGCUGCUAUAUAAUGCUCGUUGAAAGAGCAUGACAUUGCUUGGUGUACACUCUUCCAAUUGGUUGGUCUUCCAAUAUCCAACGUAAUAAAACUGAGGAACAAUUGCAUUGGUUUUGUUCAGAUUGCGUUUGAAAGCUGGAAGGUACGGGGCUGUUCGAGUUUCGUCAUGAAGGGCAUUCUACGAAGAUAUAUAGUAGAAGGAAGAAAAAGAGGUGGACAACAGCUUUGAACAGCUUUGAUCUGCAUGGCAAGUUGCGGAUAUUACCCGAGUUCCGAAAGUAAAAAGUGGUUGUAUCUCUGACACGGGAGGGUAUCAUGGACGACGAGUAGAGCGGGGUCAUUGAAUGAAACAUCUAGUAAAAUAUGGUGAGCUUUUGUGUGCGUGAUCUGUCCUUAAGUGGUUCUAGGGCAGUUUCGGAUAUAGAUUGUUUAAGGGCACAAGACGUGUUGCAUCAGAAAUCAUUCUAGCGGCCUCGUGUUGAAUUUUCUCAAGUUCUUCUUCCGCAUGCGCGAUAUUGUACCAGGCGACAUCCGCGUACUCGAAUAAGGGUCUGAUAAAGGUUGUAUAAAAUAAAUGUAAUGAUCUUCCGUCGAAGAGGAAUUUGUUAGACCUCAUUAAUGUAUUCUCUUCCAUGCCUUUUGUUUGACAUACUGAAUAUGUUCAUGCCAGGACGAUGAACUCGGGUGUGUGACACCCAAGUGUGUAUUUGAGCGCCCCCACCUCCCGGACCAUGUGAUACACACCUGAUCACAACACUAAUGACACUCGAGUUUUGUGCAAAGGGAGGUAUAUGUACAAAUCCACUCAUUCUUACUGAUGAGUCCAUAGGGAAUAUUGGCACUCAAAUCGUCAGCAGACUGUGAUGAAGAUUAAUUUUUCUUCACACACUGACAAUGCUGUAGAUGCUAGAUACAGUUGACGUUUUACCAAGCCCUUGUUGUAUUCACAAUAUUCCCAUUAUAUACAUGUGAGAUCACAAUUAAACAUCAUGGGAGACAAUCGAGAUGACGAUGAUCUUAGUAUUCCUCGGGCUUCCUUGAACAAGAUGAUUAAGGAAGUAAUACCCAAUGUUCGAGUGGCGAACGACUCAAGAGAACUAAUUCUCAACUGCUGUACAGAGUUUAUCCACCUUGUGUCUACAGAAGCAAAUGAUAUCUGCAAUAAACAGCUCAAGAAAACGAUAUCACCAGAACAUGUUCUUGCAGCCCUCGACAGUCUAGGAUUUGGCGCAUACAAGGAGGAUGCUACAGAGGUGUUGAAGGAAGCCAAGGCUGUGGCCGCCAAGAGACGGAGGGGAAGCUCGCGCCUUGAAAACCUAGGCAUUCCUGAGGAGGAACUGGUCAGGCAACAACAGGAGCUCUUUGCUCAGGCCCGACAAGAGCAAGCCCAGAAGGAGCAACAAGAGUGGCAACAACUGCAGCAAGUAAUGCAGCAACACCAGCCAGUUAAUACAGCCUCACAACAUGGGGAUGGGACAGAGGAUGAUGAUGACUAUUCUUGAAGGGCGUUGUUUUAUAUUGUUGUUUUUUUGUAAUGAACUUCUUAUACAUUGAUGAUUGUAAAGAUUAAUAAAUGUAUCAUGAUUUUUUA